UCCGUUGCUGAGGUUGGUUCUGUUCUGUUUCAAGUUUACUUAUCCACCCCCUUUACUCAAUCCCGCAUUUUUACGCAUUGAGCAAGAGCACAGCCAGCUUGUGGUUUGGUUUGGUUCGGUACGUCCAUUCUCUUGUUGCGAGUGAUCUCCUCCUCUUGCGUAUUGCGCUUAAGGUUAAGGGCAGCUGACGCGCGUAGCGUAGCGUACCAAAGUGUGUUGCAACCAGCCAGUGAGAGAGAGCUUGAAGAAAAAAAAAACAAGGUCAGCAGAUUAGGAAGAUUGAGGAAAAGGAAAUCCUACCAGCCAACAACUGCCGCACGCCGGUGGCAUCGUGAAUGUAAAGUGAAUCUGCUGCUGCUUCUUGGGGUCUCGUGUUGCAUUUGUUUGAGUUUUCGGGGUUUUUUUCUGGCAAAGAGAACGUGUGUUUCGUGGCAUAUGGUGUUUCCUUGUGAUUCGAUCUCGAAACUCUCUGGGGCGAUUAUCAACGUUCGAUCGAUACGAAUUGUGAAGUGGUUUCGAAUGCAGCUGUCCCUGAACGACUACCACUGCUUUUAAAAGGUUUGCUUUUCGGCAAUCCAAGUGAAUGGAAACAGUGUUGCAACUCUUGAGAGUGGAUUAGAAAUUUUGCUUUUUCGGUAUUCAAGUGCGUGAUUAGAGAUAAUCCGAGAGGGAAGGUUAUUGAACUAGACACGCUGUGUGCAGUGAAGAUUUGAAAAAAAAUUGUGUCUAAAACGAGAGAGUUACUCACUCGCGCGUAACUUCUUGAAACACUCGAACUAAGAUUGUGUGGAAAUCAGUCAGCGAAAUACACCGGAAACAAUAAUCAGUUCAUUUUCUUGAAAUAUUCGCAUCCCGCAAACGAGAGGCUAAACCAAGGAAGUGAAACCAAGUCCCACAGCGAGACGUUCUGGCCCAGGGGAAAGAAGACAACAUCUGCUCCCGGGAUACAACUCGAGGGAAGUCGGCGGUCGGGAAACAUAAAUAUACAAAAGCUCUCCUCCUUCUCCGGUGGAGUGCACCUCCAGCAGAAAAACCGACAACAACAGCAGCAGAACGCAAACCUUGCGGCAACCGGAUUGGCGUGAAGAAACCGAAGAACCUCAAACACUAGGGAAAAAAAUAACCAAAAUCGAGCAGAAGGGCGGUAACAUCGACGAGAGGGCCUCCUGAAAACUCGGUGUAGAUACACCAGAAUUUACGACCUACUCCAACUACAACAACAAAAACAGCAGCAGCAGCAAAAAGCGCACCAAACGCAGAAGAUCAAUCGCAAACGGGAAAACAGGGCACGUGUGCAGUCUGUUCCAGCUCAUCUCUUCUCUCAAGAUUCCAACCAAAACGAGCAACAGUUCCACCAUGCAGGUCGAAAGUGCAUCCAAGUGGCGCGUACCACCGUUAGAUCUUUCGGCGGUCAGUGUUCUCUCGAAUGAACACGAUCGAAGAUGGAACAACUCGUCCGCCCACAAUCUUCAUCAUCAUCAUCAUCACAGUCAUCAUCAUCUGAGCGGCAGCCACAACAACAACAAUGGCUCCGGGCCGAUCGAUAGUCUGCACAUUCCUCCACCACCUCCGCCCAAAAAAAUCCAACACGGCGCCGAUGGUCUGCCGAUCGACCCACGUGACUGGACCCGAGCCAACGUGUGGACCUGGUUGAUCAAUUUGGCCCAGUCCGAGGGUUUGGACAUCAGCCCGGAACUGGCCCAGAAAUUCCCCAUGAACGGAAAGGCCCUCUGCCUGAUGAGCCUGGAUAUGUACCUCUCCCGGGUGCCCAUCGGUGGCAAAAUGCUGUACCGCGACUUCCGGGUGCGGUUAGCUCGGGCCAUGAGCCUGUGAAAUUACGACCGAAAACAAUCUCCCUCCGUUAGAUUCAGAAAAUAAUACCCUAUUUAGGAUAAAUUCGUUACAUACCUACAUAUGUUAAAACACAAAAAGUAUAGCAGACUUAUAACAAUUCAUUAAGUACUUUAAGGGCAAGUAGUUACCACUCCUAGCUAAACUUCCAAAGCAGACAAUCAUUUGCGAAAAAAUGUUAGCCUCGAUAAUAAGAAUUCUCAUAGUUCAAAACCCCUCUUUUUAUUUCGGUUAAUGUGCAAAUCUUUGAGCAAUUGUGAAAAAAGUAACUUGUCGCUAUUUAGAACAUCGCCGUAGUAUUUUAUAAGGUUUUUUCCUCUCAAUUAUUAUCCAGAUGUUCUCUGUAUUAUGUUAUGCUUCCGGAAAUAAAAAAAAUUGGUUGAUGAUUUUGUAUUAUGUACAUAGUGUUCUAGAUGUAAGAUCUCACUAGUCAAUAAAAGAGUUUGUAAA